AGGACGGUAUGGCAUCGCUUGUGGACAUGUUUGAAAAUUGGGGUUCUCCUCGUGAUGUUCCUAGUCUGCACUCCGCUGUCUAUAAUUGGCGCCAUCUUCCGGGUGACAUCCGGGCCCUUCAGACGACCGUUUUUGUAUCAGACCGCAAGCAGUCCUACAGAUAGGCGCACUGCAAACGAGGAAGCUCCAACUGACUUUACAGUAGCGACAGCUAACGUUUGCCUGUUACCGGAUUCACUGGCACGGAUCAACAACUUAUGUCACUCAAAAUGGAGGACCAUAGAAGUGGGGAAGCGCGUUGUCAAGUCACAGACACAACGAUCAGACAAACGUACCCUAGAUCCAUCCGGGUACGGUACAAGUGAGGAGUUCCAGUCGUCGGUAGACUCCACUUUCCCGCCGAAUGUAGACGUCUUCUGUUUCCAGGAAGUGUUUACUCCGACGCGUCACGAAGGCUGACUAAGGAGCUGCUGAAAUGUUACGGUUACGUCAUUUCUGACGUCGGAAUCUGCAGCUUUACUAACAAGUGGGGUUUGAACUCAGGACUUCUGAUUGCAAGCAAGUACCCAAUUCUGGCAGCAGAGUUCAAGCCGUUUAGAGUCAAAACCAAACAGGACGUCUAUGUUGCUAAAGGGCUGAUGAUGAUCAAGAUACAUCUUGGGACAAGCCAUGGUCGCGACGUUAUGGGCUAUGUUGCAACAACGCAUCUCCAGGCGUACCAAGGGACGCGGCCCGUCCAGACGACUCAGCUCACUCUGAUGCAAACCUGGUUACAAGAGUUCCGCCUGUCCACGAAAACUGGGAACGAGACGGUCGCCGUAGACGUGGUGUGUGGAGAUUUCAAUUUCGACAACAUGUCACCAGGGUACAAGAGCUCCUGGACCCACCCCUUCAUGGAUGUUUAUCAGGACGUGUGCAGUCUGCAGAAAGGGCGGGACAAGCCGUGGACAAUAGGUACAGAGAUGCGGCAGGUGGUUCUGUACGACGAGGCCAUCUCCACCCAUGGGCGAAUGGCGGCCACACUGAGGCAGCGGCACCUCCAGGGCAGGUACCUACUGGACGCUACCGUCAGAAAUCCCACAAUGGACAUGGUGUGGGAGGAGGAGAAGGCUGUGAGACACGAUGAGGACGAUGUGCCCGAGACGUCCGGCAGGGUGAGAGUGGACAAGGUGCUGUACAGGACCGACGCGCUAGGCGGCGGGUGUACCGUGACCCCUGUACGGUACCGUUCAGUGACGCACUUCGCGGGGCUGACGGACCACGUCUCCGUCUGUCUCACGUUUAGGAUGGGACGGAAGUGACGUGCACGUGACGCAACAUCAAACCCCCAAGAGGUUAUCAUUAUCAUGUUCACACGAUUUAUGGGGAAGGCAGGGCCAAUACCACAGAGAGGAAAUGUUGUACGUGUUCUAGCAAGUGGAAUUAAUAGUUCGAUGAGUAAAAUAUUUUCGUAGAGACAGAAUGUUAUAACAGGUUAGCAUACCUUGAUAUGUGCUACACACACAUGUGUACGGGUGUAGAACUCUAAAACAAACGAUAGUCAGGUUUCAGAGUUCAAAUAUAGAGAAGGCACAAACAAAUAAGAUCAAAGUGUCAUAACCAACGUCAUUGUCAGGAUUGUUAUGAUAUCCGUACGUGUGAUAUACAGUGCAAUUCUUCCUAAUUCUUCUGCGUGACCUCUUCAGGGACCCUUCUUUAAACAGAAGGUGAUCGACCAACAUCUCAGAGGUGUACAUCUCAUUAGUGUGUUGAGAAUGUUUACCAAACGUCAGUCUAUU